UUUUUUACAAAUUAGUCUCGCACACCCCUCAAGUUGAAGCGAUUUUGUCCUACUCCCCAUCUUCGUUCUCCCCAUUUUUCCCGAGUCGGCGGCGAAAUCCCUAACCCUAGAAAUCCGGCGAGGCCGCCGGCGACUACAUCCCAUACUCCUAGCCGAAGAAAUCAACAGCAGCGGGCGGACGAAUUCGUUUGGGGGGCGAAUUCGGUUGGACUCGGCGGAAUGGGCGGCAGCGACUUCGCGGGGUCGAGCUUAGCGGGCGGCGGCGGGUGGGCUAAGGUUACGGGCGAGGUGUUCUGGGAUCCAACAGCAGUCCGUAAGAACAAUAUCAAGGAUCAGAAGGAUGAAGGGAAGAACAUGUCGACCUCUGAGAUCAAUCUUAGGCAGUACAAUAACAUUGUUGCUGCUUUGGAAGGAGAAAAUAGGAGGCUAAUGGACAGUGUGAAAGAACUGGAAAUGGUCAUAGACAAGAUGAAGCAGGAGAAGAAGAUAAUGAAAAGGCGACAUAGGCUAGAGAUUAGAGUUAGAGAUGGGAAAGAACUAUGCAUUGUGAUGUUCGUAGGAGCUUUUGCAAUUGGGUAUGUUGUAGCUGCAUUGAUCACAAGGGGGUUCAUCUAAUGUAAUUGCUGUUAGAAAUGCAGCUUGUAAUGUUUGAAUGAAAUGUAGUUUGGAAUGUUACUGAAUAUGUUGUGUCAGAUUCAGUUUGAAAUGAAUAUGUUCAGAUUCAGUUUGAAAUGAA